AUGGCUGUCCAACCCGCAAACAGACCAAAGUUCUCGUUCCAGUCCAAGCACUCCUCCGCAGAGAUCUCACAGUUCCUCGCCGAGACCCACAACAAUGACCUCUUCUUUUCCCUCUCGUACUGGGAACUCGCCGCCGUCGGCUCAACCGCAAGAGACCUUCUCGAAUUCGCCGGCGUCAAGCACGAGAAACUGACCCCAACUUUUGCAGAGUGGUCUGCCGGUGAGGUGCCCACCGCUUUCUCGGUCAUGCCCUGCCUCAAGGUCAAGGGACCCAACGGAAUGGAGUUCAAUAUGGCAGAGUCGGAGGUGAUUGACACUUUCCUCGCGGAGCGAUUCGGCCUUCUUGGCAACAACACCUGGGAGGCCAUGACUAUUCGCACGUUCUAUACCAAUAUGCAGUACCUCCGCGAGCGCACCUUCACCGAAACCCUCUGGGUCAGCGACUCUGAGAAGAAGAAGGCCCGCGACCAGUUCCUGAGCUACAGCCUGCGCAAGUUCCUUGAGGACCAUGAGUUCCAUCUUCAGGAGAAUGGAUGUAAUGGCCAUUACGUUGUGGUGCAGUUGUCGCUGGCGGAUUUGCAUUUGGCCAACAUUGUCCAUUUCUAUGGCACGGUGCCAUGGGCCAAGAUGGCGUUGGACGAAUUCCAAAAGUACGAAGCCGUCUGGAAGGUCAAGGAGACGGUUGACCGUGUCACUGAACUGGAUGAAUGGCGUGCCUCGGACGAGUUCAAGCAGUAUGAGAAAGGCUCGCGUGACUACUACACUAAGAACUGCACCGUUCCUGAGGAUGUCGUUGCCGAGAAGAAAGAGGAGUAG